GAGUUGGGCAACGGAGCGGAGGGUACGGUUGUGGCUUGGAAACACUUCAGCCAAUCAAAUCACCCAAUUAGAGGCACGGUCCACCAUGGGAGUGCAAAGAGGGUGUUCAAGUGGAGCUCAAUCAAAAUGUUAAAUGUUUAAGUGCAUAUGGCGACCACCUGGACCUUCAUCGCCUCAGCUCCCGCUGAUGCGCAUCUUGUAACGACGCUCCCACAAUGGCACUAUCUUCUGCCAAACCACGUCUCCUUGGACCGGCUUCCAUCCGAUCAAUGUUCGUCCGGGUCACGCCAGUACCGCGAAGCCUAUCUGAUCGAAGAGCUGUGCUUCGAGCGCUACAGAAAUAUGGAGAGGUCGAGGUCUUCAAGAGGCUCAUUGAUCCCGCGUCUUUCAUCUCGACUGUAAAGCAAUCUUCUACCGUCGACCGUCUUGUCGAGAACAGUCCCCUCCAGUUCGAUGUCCUCCCGGAAAAAAGCGAUAGCCUGGCCACUACCGCAGUGUCCGAACACAUAUUAAGAGGUAGCCUCCUGCCUAGCGACGCCGCCGAGACCCCGCCAGCGGGCCAUCACCCCGGGGGACACAAGACGUUCAUCCUACACAUCUUCCCGACGCAGAGCUAUAAGCACAAGACCAUGAUUCGGUAUUCACCGCUACAUGGCCCUUGGCCGGACGACAAGCCCUCGUCGUUUGUCACAUCAGCACUGAGAGUAGUCGUGCCUAAGGACAUGGCAGCCAAGGGCUUGUGGGACUGGGAGACCGGUGGUCAGGCCGAGAAGGCGACGCCUCGGAUGCCUGACAAGAUCGAUCACAUCCGGGAAAGGAUGCAGCGCAGAGAAAACAGAACCCGCUCCAAGGGAAUUCUCGGUCUUCAACCCAUGGGCGGACGCCUGGAGGACAGCAGUUCGGGGAAGCCUAGGGGUGACGAACGGUAGAGCCUCAGCCGUCUCAAUUUGGAACGAUUUGGGCCUUCGGCGACGGUGACUCCCGAGACGAAGGGCAGAAAUCAUCCGGAGCGGUGCAACCCCCGUGCAACCCCAGUCUUGGGCAGCACCCUGGAGACAUCGUGCGCGUUGGCUACGUUGUUCUCGUGGUUGCACACAUGCUCAACCAUUCAAGGAUUCUUCUGCCUAAACCGUCUGACAUCAGGCCAUGGAAGGCCCUACGAAGAUUCCUCUGGUUCCGGAUUUACCUGGGGUCCAAGCUUCGCACAC